AUUAUUUUGAUCUAUAGAGUAGGAAUCUACUUAGAUCGCAUUGAAUUAGGCAAUUUCAAUUGAUAAGUUUCCAGGUCCAGUAAUUGCAUCUACUAUUAAUCCUUAAGUAAAUGAAGUUACUCUUUUAGCCAAAUAUUAAGUAACACAAAAUGGGAGAACUGAUUUUAAUUAUUCAUGGGUUAUUAUUAAUUCAUGCAUAUAGGGGAAUAUAUAAGGCAUAAGUUCUUAUAAUUAUUAAGAAUUUAGUGAUUAUCUAUUAAUGAAUAUU